AUGAAGAAAAACCUACGUGCAGAGGUGAUGGCAACUAGGACGGUCAAAUAUGAGGCCCCAAGUGAAACCAGUUAUGACCAAAAAACUGAAUUAAAAGCAUUUGAUGAAACAAAAUCUGGUGUCAAGGGACUUGUAGAUGCUGGUGUAGAGAAGAUCCCACCAAUAUUUAUCAACCACAAACAUGACCAACUUCACUACAAACCUUAUAACCACCUUGAUGACUACUCCAAAUACAGCAUUCCAGUCAUUGAUCUCGAAGGUGUCUAUACAGAUGCAACCAAGCGCACAGAGAUCAUUGGAGAAAUUAUGGAGGCGUGUGGGAAGUGGGGGUUCUUUCAGGUAAUCAAUCACGGAAUUCCGGUGGGUGUUUUGGACGAGAUGAUAGAUGGGAUAUGCAGAUUUCAUGAGCAAGACAUCGAGGAGAAGAAAAAGUUGUACACAAGGGAUGUCAAGAAAAAGGUGCUGUACAUGUCCAAUUUUCAUCUGUACAGUUCGCCGUCUGCGGAUUGGAGGGACACCAUUUCUUGCUUCAUGGCUCCUCAUAUUCCAGACCGUGAUGAAUUACCCACGGUAUGCAGUGAUAUAAUGAUUGAUUACUCAAAGCAAGUGAUGAGAUUGGGACACACAGUCUUUGAACUAAUAUCAGAGGCCCUUGGACUCAACCCCAACCAUUUGAAAGACAUGGAUUGCGCCGAGCAACUUCUCCUUCUGGGGCAUUACUACCCUGUGUGUCCUGAACCAGAAUUAACUUGGGGAACUAGCAGCCACACUGACAGUGACUCCCUCACCAUACUUCUACAAGACCAGAUAGGUGGCCUCCAAGUUCUUCAUGAUAAUCAGUGGGUUGAUGUUCCUCCCAAGCGUGGAGCUCUUGUAGUAAACAUUGGAGAUCUUUUGCAGCUCAUCACUAAUGACAGGGCUAAGAGUGUGUAUCAUAGAGUAGUGGCGAGACAUGUAGGACCAAGAAUUUCAGUGGCAUGCUUUUUCAGACCACAAAUCAGGAGGGGAAGUUCCUUGAGAGUUUAUGGACCAAUCAAGGAGUUGAUAUCAAAGGAAAACCCCCAAAUCUACCGUGAAAUCUCUGUAAAAGACUAUCUCUCUAACUACCUCUCUAAAGGGCUCGAUGGAGCUUCUUCGUUGGUCCAUUUCAAGUUGUGAAGUUAGUCCCAUAAUAUGGGAACCAGCUCUCUGUGGAUUGUGGAAUUGGUGAUGCUUUUGUUUCCUGUUGAAAUAAUUCGCUUUCGCUGAAGGUGUUGAAACAAUGUCCAGCUUUGACAUGCCUGUCACGUUGUUACACAGAUUUGUUUUCCAAUGAGAAUCAAUUAGCUAGAUAAAUGUGUUUAAAACUUCUAAUUUAAGGGCUUACUCAAUCAGCUUCCCUCCAUGUAAAGAUAAGUUUGUAUGCAUCCGACGUCCCUCCUCAAAUCUUGCAAUGACAGGAGUCUUGCAGCCAAACAGAACCCUCUUUGCCAUUUUCGGAUUUU